AUGGUUGCGAUAACUCGAGCAACUUUAGCACGUCAAUUACAAUCAUCAAAUACUAAUACCACGAAAGCAUGCACUAUAGGGAAGAGAGUUACCAAGCAAAAGAAAAGGACUUCUAAACAACAACGGACAGGCCUAUCCUCGUCUAACGCUAGAGCUAUCAACAGUAAUGAUACAACUAUUUCUGCACCAUCACAAGCAUACAAUGACGUUGUGGGCAAGAGUAACAUUACUGAUGCUUUAGCAUAUGAUUGCCAUUGGAAUCCAGUUGGAAGAGAAUAUGAUCUUGGAAGAGAUGGAGCAUUCAUGGGAUUUAGCAUCUUAAUUGCACAAUUUUACGGUGACUGUCAGUUUACUGAUGCGGCAAUGCAAAAGCCAAUCGAUGAACUGAAAAUGAAAGGAUUUCAAGUGAAACACGUCAAGACGGAAGAUGAAUGUGUCAAAGAACUUGCUUCGAAUCAAUAUCAAGUCGCGUGGAUUAUAAGUGACUCGAACAUCAAGAAUCCAAAUAUGAUUCCAUCUCUGACCAAUUUUCAUUCUAACGGCGGUGCAAUAUUUCUAUUUGCUGACGAUUCACCAUGGGUUCGACAUGCGAGUGACUUUCUUCAAACAAAGUUUGGAAUCACCGUGGAGGGAAACUAUGGUGGUGGAAACAAUAUGACAUAUGAAGAGAACGGUCAUCGAGAAAAAGGACACUUUGGUCAACAUGAAAUAUUCACUGGAAUCAAACAUUUAUUCGAAGGUAUCACAAUCUGUCAUCCGGUUUAUUCAACAAGUGCAAGUCGCACAGUGUUCGUUCCAAUAGCAACAGCUAGCGACGGAAAUACCAGUAUUGCUGUAUAUGAUCCACCAUCAAAUUCUACAGCCAAUGAAGGUCGAAUAUGCUUAGAUUGUGGAUUUACAAAACUGUAUAUCAAUUGGGACUCAGCAGGAACAGCUCGAUAUAUUGUGAAUGUCAGUUGUUGGUUAUUACGAAUUGAAAAUCGUUUUACGUAG